AUGUCUAGAGUUCUGCAGCUGCGGGACAAAGCAGCCUCAGCCGCCUUUGCCGCCGUUUCAGGUCCAAUUCUUCAGAAGGAGCUUGACACCCUACUGCCGAGUCUGAAGGAUUCCACCGUGGCAGCAGAGAAGCUGAAGGAGUUCUCGUCAAAGCUGGCAUCUCGCGGAGAGGAAAUCGGCCUCUCCAGCGCUUCGACCUUCACCUGUGUCCGACAGGCACUGCAGGAGAUUCUGCGGUCCAUGUACAACGUGGCCUGCAAGGAAGCGCGUACAAGUGCCACGAAGGCUUUGGGGACCAUGGAUGAGAUGAUGGCUUUGACCAAAGCUUCGGACACCAUGCUGAAGCAGAUGCUGGCGGGACUGAAGGAGACGGAAGAAGAAGUGGAGGAUGGGCGCUUGACGCUGACCGCGGACCCCUUGCCCGGACGGCGGUUGUACGGCCUUUACCUUGAGCGCUCCUUGAAGGGUGAGGCGCCUGCUUCCGAUCCAGAUCAAUUCGCCAGCAUUCUUGAGCUUUCGGAGGAAGAUGCGGAAGCUGCCAGAGUCGAGACUUGUCAGCCGCGGCUCCGUGAGAUGUAUUUGAGCUGCAUCAAGAAAGCCCAGGAUGAGAAGAGCAAGUUGGCGGAGAUGAAGCCUGAUCUGAGCGAUGAGAUGGCCAAGUUCCGCUUGCCCCUCAGCGCAGUGGAGGAGACGGCAAUGGAGGUCUACAAGUCCUGCCUGGAGAAAGUGAGUGGUCGGGUCUUGACGUCCGGGCAGAAGGAAGAGCUAGAUGCCGUUCGAGAUUUCAUGGAGCUCGAGAUGAGCAGCGUGCGGCGACUGCACCUGAAGGCCCUUUCCGUCAGAGCGUUUUGCUGA